AACGACGCCUGCGCAGUGUGACCGGGAUGGCGCAUUUUAUUGCACCGAGUAAUGCGGUGUCGCCGGUGGCCGAGGAGGGCGGAGAGUUCUGCGAUGAAAUAGGGGGAAGUAUUCAUGUAGGCAUCGGAGGGAUCCUUACUCUGAACUAUAAGGUGGGAAGCUGAUACUGGGUACAGCUUACUCCCGGACCCGCGGCGUGAAAGUUGUGAUAUCAUCCUCGAACUGCAGAUGCUUUACCGGCUGAGCCACCAGGGAAGGAACAUUAAUUGACUUAUUUGUUUGAUCAGCUUUGAAAUUUAAAAACAAUGGAGAAGACUCAAGAAACGGUCCAACGAAUUCUUCUAGAACCUUACAAGUACUUACUUCAGUUACCAGGUAAACAAGUAAGAACCAAACUUUCACAGGCGUUUAAUCAUUGGCUAAAAGUUCCAGAAGACAAGCUACAGAUCAUCAUUGAAGUGACAGAAAUGUUGCAUAAUGCCAGUUUACUCAUCGAUGAUAUUGAAGACAACUCAAAACUCCGACGUGGCUUUCCAGUGGCACACAGUAUCUAUGGAAUUCCAUCUGUCAUCAAUUCUGCCAAUUAUGUAUAUUUUCUUGGCCUAGAGAAAGUCUUAACCCUCGAUCACCCGGAUGCAGUAAAGCUCUUUACCCGCCAGCUUUUAGAACUCCAUCAGGGACAAGGCCUAGAUAUCUACUGGAGGGAUAAUUACACUUGUCCCACUGAAGAAGAAUAUAAAGCAAUGGUGCUGCAAAAGACAGGUGGACUAUUUGGAUUAGCAGUAGGUCUCAUGCAGUUGUUCUCUGAUUACAAAGAAGAUUUAAAACCACUACUUGAUACACUUGGGCUCUUUUUCCAAAUCAGGGAUGAUUACGCUAAUCUACACUCCAAAGAAUACAGUGAAAACAAAAGCUUUUGUGAAGAUCUAACAGAGGGAAAGUUCUCAUUCCCUACUAUUCAUGCUAUCUGGUCGAGGCCGGAAAGCACCCAGGUGCAGAAUAUCUUGCGCCAGAGAACCGAAAACAUAGAUAUUAAAAAAUACUGUGUACAUUACCUUGAGAAUGUAGGUUCCUUCGAAUACACUCGGAAUACUCUUAAAGAGCUUGAAUCUAAAGCCUAUAAACAAAUUGAUGCUCGUGGUGGGAACCCCGAGCUAGUAGCUCUAAUAAAACACUUGAGUAAAAUGUUCAAAGAAGAGAAUGAAUAAUGUUAAGCCAUUCUCGACUAGGCCUGAUACUUAGUUGACUUUUUUUGUCUUUUAGCCUAUUACCUUUUAAAAAAAUUGGACCAAGCUGUUAGUCUCCAAAAAUUGAGUGAUGAUGACUAUGUGAGUAAAGUUGUUUCAAUUUAGAAUCCCUAUGUACAGAUAAUCAUCAUAGUACAAAGUUGUAGGAAUCAAAAGGAGCCACAUUUAAAUAAGUCUAAUUUGAAUGUCAGAAUGUGCUAUGUUGGGACCUUGUGGCCAACUCUGCCUCACAUGUGUAGAUUCUGUCAAUAAAAGAAGACUUCAGCUUCCAGGAA